UAUAAGACGUGGUCCUUGGGUUCACAGCAUAGUUUGUAUCAUAACACCAGCAUGAAGCAGAUAACCUUCAUACUCCCGGCGCUUCUGAUUUCUCGGUGUUAUGGAGACUUUGGUUACGGACCACUCGGCCCCAUCGGUCCAGGACCUCAUGGAGGAUUCCUAGGUGGUGGACCAUACGACCCACAUGCUGCUAACCCUCAUAGAAUCCAUGGAGGACAUCAUGGCUCCCUCAGAAGAUUACAAGGAGGAUAUUCACCUCCAGGAUACGGAGGAACUCGUGGAGGAUACAGUACAGCUACAGGGUACAGCGUCUUCAAUCUUGGGGCUCCAGUAGGCUACAGUCGUGGUGGAGGCAGUGGCUCUUUCCUGGCUCACGGUGGGGGUGUUUAUAGCCCAGGUGGCUCUAGAAGUGGCCUAGGGGGUGUUCAUCAUGCCCGGGGGGGUAAUGGUAUUGGAGGUUCUUUUAAUGGUUAUGGCUCGGGUGGUUCACUAGGUGGCCUUGGUUCUGGUGGUUCACUAGGUUAUGGCUCGGGUGGUUCAAUAGGUGGCCUUGGUUCUGGUGGUUCAAUAGGUGGCCUUGGUUCUGGUGGUUCACUAGGUUAUGGCUCGGUUGGUUCACUAGGUGGCCUUGGUUCUGGUGGUUCACUAGCUUAUGGCUCGGGUGGUUCACUAGGUUAUGGCUCGGGUGGUUCACUAGGUGGCCUUGGUUCUGGUGGUUCACUAGGUUAUGGCUCAGGUGGUUCACUAGGUGGCCUUGGUUCUGGUGGUUCACUAGGUGGCCUUGGUUCUGGUGGUUCACUAGGUUAUGGCUCGGGUCGUUUUCUAGGUGGACUUGGUUCACGGGGUUCUCUGGGUGGUUAUGCCUCAGGUGGUUCUCUAAGUGGCCUUGGUUCAGGUGGUUCUCUGGGUGGUUAUGGUUCGGGUGGUUCACUAGGUAGUUCUCUUGGUGGAUAUGGCUCUGGUGGCAUCAUAAAGGACAUAUAUGUUUGAUGCAGUGAUUGAAGAGACUCUUACAUCAUCCUCUUGUCUUGUGACCUCGAGAAAGGAACUACGAUCGACUAAAGUGGAAGAAAAGUUUACAUACUUAAGAAAAUGUGAAGAAAAAUAUCCCUUCUAUAUAUUUAUUUAUUAUAUCAGUCUUUCUUUAAUAUAUAUAAUGUAUAAUUUAUAAGAUGUAUAUUAACUUCUAUAUGUAUUUUUUAGAAAUGAAGAAUUACUAUAUA